AUGAAGAUAUCAGCCUUUCGUGGCAACAGUCACUCAGUUGCUGAGGAGCCUGGUGUGUUGGCUGAGUGCUUGCAUGUCCACAGAGGCCCAGUUGCGGGCUUGCAGAGCACAAACACCACCAUGCCAUCACAGGACUUCAGCCACUCUGAGAAACAUCAAUUGUACUGCCUGAAAAAGCACCUUAGGCAGAUAGUUGAGGGCCUGAGUUUCUCCAAGGAUGUACUGGAGCAACAAGGACCAUCCUAUAAGGAGUACAACUUCAAACACCUCUAUGAUCCUUCUGAUAUCAUUCAAAAGCCAAAAAGUGAAAAGCCUAUCGCUAUGAACUUCAAGCACUCGAUCAGACUCCACCCUCAUAAGCAACCACUUUUCCCUAUGAAAAAUAAUGGACGUUCUCCUAAGUUCAGGAAGGAAGACAGCCUGUGGGGCUCCAAACCAGAAACCUUGCCCAAAAAGUUCUUUCUACCACCUGUGCCUUCUUGUAAGACUCCAGGCAUGCAGGCAUCCCUGACAAAGCCCCGUGAGAAGUUAUCCAGCUCCCUGACAAGAGGAAGACAGGAAAAGCAGGUGUCUGAGGAAAACAUCACAGGAGCAGAGAAUAUGACUCGGGGGGUGGAGAAAACAGGGCGGGAGAAGCUGAACAGGAUGACAGCUCAAUGGACUGUGGAUCAGCAGAGGGCCGGGAGUGGCUCAGAUCAAUGUAAACCCCUUGACCCUGAAAAGCAGAAGUUUGCUUGGAACACAAUCAGGGAUGAGCUUUCUUCUGAUAGAGAUUUGAAAAUAUUGGAUAAUAUUCAGGGCAGAGAAAAUGACAUGGAAAUCGUAUCCCAGACACCAUCUGAGAAGACUCCCAGGAUCUCCUGCAGUGGGCUGCCUGCUUAUUACCCAAGAGCGCUGUCAACUGAUGACCCUGUUGAUAUAAAUGUUACAGCUGAUAACACAGAAAGAACACAUCUGAGCCCCGAAUCUUCCGUGCCGAGACAUUUGAUGGCCCAUGUUGGGAAAUACACCUAUACUCCUAAGAAUGCUUUUGAGUGGGAGCUUUACUUUGGGACUGCAAAGAUUGUCCAUCAGAUGGAUGAUGGGAUGAAGGACUAUUUCAUCCUGGAGAACCAUGAUCAAUACUGCAAACAUCUUCAGCAGCCCUUCCCAAGACAACCUGAGUGCUGGGGUUGCAAGCCGCAGAGGAGGGCAGUUCGGAGACCCAAGAAGGGAGUCUUGCGAUGGACUGCUCUCCCCACUUUAACUCCUUAUUUUGUGCAAAAUGAUGAGGAAUCACCUCCUACAAAGGCCAAGGAAGUACAAAAGGAGGCUAAGGGGUCUAAUAAAGGAGUGCCUUGGGAAAUACAAGCCCUCAGAGCUAUGCUGGAGCAGUGGAAGGAUGCUUGGAACCUGCAUCCCCAGUGGCGAAAUAUGACAAAAGAAGGUUUAAUGAGGUCUCUCACAAGUGUACAUGACAUCAGUAGAAUCAAGGCUAUCAUAGCUUGUGCAUCUGCUGCAGUCGAACAACAUGGACAGAAAACCAGCCCUCAGAAUCUCAGUGAGAGAAGCUCCUGCUUGCAGGCUGCUGAUCUGCAUGUGGAUAUUUAUUACGUUGCAGAAGCAGAUAGUGCUGGGAAGUCCUCAGUAACCCAGGAAGUGCUUGCAGAACUACAGCCAUUACUUAGAGAGACUCUGCAGGACAAGAACGCCCAUGUGAGAAUAGCAUCUGCACUGUGUCACUACGCUACUGGGAAAAGGAAUGAGGAGGCACAAUCAAUCAUGAAGGAUGCUCUGGCACAUGGCAAUUCUGCAGACAGUUGGGCAGCAGCGCAAUGCCUGGCUCUGGAGAACAUCAUCACUGUGCCAGUAGUGACAAAGCUUCUUUCUCAGCUGUUUGAGAAGAAUGAUACAGCUGCAGAGGAGCAGGCAUGCCUGCUGCUAGCCCACCUCAGUGAACGCACGCCCUUGGUGUGCUUCCUGCUGACAGCUGAGCUGAACAGCCCCCGCUGGACGGUCCGGGCCCGGGCUUGCCGGGCUCUCCCUGGUGCCGGCGGGCACCCCAGCCAGGACCUAAUGAAUAAGCUUUCUCAGCUGAUGUGGAAGGACUGGAACAUAAGAGUACGUCAGGCGGCUACUCUGGCACUGGGGCACAUGGAGCUUGCAAAGGAAAUCCAUGAUCAGCUCAGGGUGAAGCUGACCACCGGCAACUGCCAAACCAAGGUGCGAGCUCUCUUUUUGAUUAGGCAGCUGCAGUACAUGACAGCCAAGUUAUUUCCAGGCUUUCUGCAGUGCUUCUCCAGUGACUUCGUUGCAGUGCGGAAGGAAGCCUGUCUUACAGCAGGAGCACUUGGGAUUAAAGAUGAGCAUGUCCUCCGGUGUCUCUAUGAAAUGAUGCAGUAUGAUCCUCAUUGGAUAAUCAAGGUUUUUGCCAUCAGAGCACUGGGCCAAAUAGGCCAUGCGAGUCCUGAGCUGAAGCAUCUUCUUCUUUGGGCUGUUCACUAUGAGGCAGAGCCAGAAGUGCGGAGAGAAGCCUGCUGUUGCAUUGCCAGACUCCGCUUGCAGGAUGAAAAUGUUCAGACUACACUAUUAGAAAGACUGAUUCUGGAGCCAAACGAAACGGUCAGAGAAGAGGUGGGAAAAACUGUGAAGAUCCUUAAUUUUCCUCAUAAGGAAGAUCAAGAAAUGAUUAAAGAGAUCAAGAAAAAGAUUUUCAGGCUAAGCCAAAAGGACUUAGUGACCCAGAAGCUACUGAAACUUGAAAAGGUUACGGACUGGCUCUGGCAAAAAGCCAACCGAAUCUGUUGGAGCAGAGAGGACCUUGAUUCUGAACGCGAGGACAUCCUGGAGAGGAUCGCUGCUGUUUUUCAAUCCACUCCUGGUAAUUCUAAUAAAAGUUUAAAGGAAUUUCUUAUCUGA